AUGGACGUAUUGAGUCACAUUCCAUCGUCCCAUGCGUCACCAUCCAACGCAUCGCCGCCUCUCGCUCUCGCUCUCGCUCUCGCACGGCCGCUGCGCACAUCGUCGUUGGCCUGCCUCGAGUGCCGGCGGCAGCAUCUCCGCUGCGAUGCCGGACAGCCCGCCUGUCGACGCUGUGUAUCGGCCCGACGGCCGUGUUAUUAUGCGCCGUCUCGUCGUGGGCGGAAACGGCGGCGCGAGGACGGCCACGACGCGGUAGCCGUGACCAUGGCUGCAACAACGGCAACGACAGCCACAACAGCCGCAGCGACGGCGGACAGCCAGCUGGUAUUUCCGGGGCCGUUGCAUGCUGACACGAGCAACGUCUUGGAGCUUGACCACAACAGUCUCCAAACGGAUAACAUAAGCGACGUCUUCACUCCUGCCGUCCACUACGCGUCCGAGAAUGGGAGCGACGACCACCUGGUGGACCUCUACUACGCCUACUUCCACCGCGCCCACCCCUUUCUCGUGCCUCGUCCACUCUACCAUGCACAACAAUAUCCACGCUACCUCCAGCUGGCCGUCCAGUUUGUCGGCAGCCACUAUGCGUCGACAAAAGAGGGCAGAAGCGCAGGCGCAAGCCCAUGCCAAGGCACCGAAGUCUUGCGCGACCGUGCCACCCAGAUCCUGGCCCUGGCCGACUCGAUGGCUGACUCCGCGGCAGAAGUAAAUACACACCGCAUCGUCGCCAUGGUGCAGGCCCUGACAAUGAUGGCCAUUGCUCUGCAUGCACGGCACGAGCUCGCCGCGUCCGACCGGGCCGUGGCGCGUGCUCUGCAGCUGGCCGUGGAUCGCGGCAUGCACCGGCGGCCGUUUGCGUCGUCGUCACGGACCGUCCAGCACGAGUCGUGGAGACGCACCUGGUGGGAGCUGUACAUUGUCGACGGCUACCUGACGGCGCUGCACCACAGGAGCGUCUUCCGGUCGGGCGGCAUUGGCGCGAAUGUGCUUUUGCCCUGUGAAGAGGAUGUCUAUGCGCGAGCAGCCGACGGAGAGCGUCUUCCGCCCCCUCUUUCACUCGAUGACUUUGACGCGCGCCUGUUUUCCAGCUUCGACAGCGACGGUGACAAUGACAGUGACGGUGGCAGCAAGGACGUCGACACCAUGCACCGCGGUCGUUUCUCCUCAUUUGCCUACCGCAUCGACGCCGUCCGUCUCCUUGGCCGUGUUCUGGCCGUCACGCGAACAAGCCAGGCCCAAUUCCACAACCAGACCGAGACCCGGACCCGGACGCAGACCCAGACGCAGACCCAGACCCAGGCGCAAGACUCCUUCUCGUCCGUCGACAGCGCCCUCGCCGGCUGGCAACACCACCUGCACCCAUCCAAAACCGACGUCGUCCGUCUCGGCGUCGGCCGUGAUGGCAGCGUGAUUGACGAAAUGCUCUUCCAGGCCCACAUGCUCGUCCACUACGCCACCCUCGUCCUGCACUGCCCUCGCAGCGACCUCGUCGUCACCCUGCCGGCUGCCGCGCGCAUCUCUUGUGGACAGGCGGAUGGGCUGGGUCCCGGGCCCGGUGCCGCCGCCCACGCCGCCCGCGCCACCCGCGCGUCCACAAGGCUGUCGGGUCUGGCUGCCCUCUGCGCCCCUGUCGUCCAGGAACACACCCCCUUUUUCGUCUGCGGCCUGCUCCUCGGCGCCACCGUCCAGCUCGCCGCCUGUGCGUCCCGCCCCGCCCUGCGCUGGCCCUUUCGCGACAGCAUCCUCCUCGCCAUUGGCGUCCUCAAGACGCUCGGCCGCACCUGGGCCCUCGCGCACAAUGCACUGCGUCUACUGCGGGACGUCGCUGGCGAAGUCCUGCAGCAGAGCGUCCACAGCAGCGACAGCAGCAGCGGCAGUGGUGCUGGUGGCGGUGGUGGUGCUGGUGGCGUCCAUGCCGGUGUCAACAUCGCCAGCAAUGUCCUUGGCAACGUUCAGGACUGGCCGGCACGGGCCAUGGUUGAUGCCGGCACUGCCACGUCGGGGGACGGCGAUGCAGCACUCGCUGCCUUUUCGGACCUUGUUCCGUCGCCCGGGUUCUUGCAGACGCCGAAUCGACUCGACAGCCUAAAUCAAAUGGACCAGCUCGAGCAAUGGACGUUACCUCUGAUGCUGCAGCUGAACGAUCACCAGAGCUCCCAAUCGACGUCUCUGUGUUGA